UAACACCGUUUCGGGAGGUGAAGUGGCCAUAUUAUUCCCACAAUGCAAGGCUGUCUGGGGCUGGUCCACAAGAGCCAAGAUGGCCGACUUUGAGCAGCAGCUUUCGGAUGAGGAGAAGGUCCGCAUAGCCGCCAGCUUCGUCACCCACGCUCCUCCUGGCGAGUUUAAAGAAGUGUUCAACGAUGUACGGCUGCUGCUCAACAAUGACAAUCUUCUCCGAGAGGGGGCAGCCCAUGCCUUCGCCCAAUACAACAUGGAGCAGUUCACCCUGGCCAAAAUCGAAGGGUAUGACGAUCAGGUCCUGAUCACGGAGCACGGGGACCUGGGGCACGACCGGUUCUUCGACCCGCGCAACAAGCUGUCCUUCAAGUUCGACCACCUGAGGAAGGAGGCCAGCGACCCGAAGCCCUGCGAGGGCGAGGCGGGCCUGUCCCCCUGGAGGGACGCCUGCGACUCCGCCCUGAGCGCCUACGUCAAGGAGCACUACCCCAGCGGCGUGUGCACGGUUUAUGGGAAAACGAUCGAUGGUCAGCAGACUAUCAUCGCCUGCAUCGAGGGUCAUCAGUUUCAACCAAAAAACUUCUGGAACGGCCGCUGCAGGUCAGAGUGGAAGUUCAGCAUCGGACAGGGCAUGGUUCAGCUGGCGGGCGUCCUCAAAAUUCAGGUGCAUUACUAUGAAGACGGAAACGUCCAGCUGGUCAGCCAUAAGGACGUGCAGGAAUCUCUGACCGUGUCCAAUGAAACACAAACAGCCAAGGACUUUGUGAAAAUCGUAGAGAAUGCAGAAAACGAUUACCAGACCGCGAUCAACGAGAACUACCAGACCAUGUCGGACACCACCUUCAAAGCCCUGCGUCGGCAGCUGCCCGUCACCCGCACCAAAAUCGACUGGAACAAGAUCCUCAGCUACAAGAUCGGGAAGGAGAUGCAGAACGCCUAGAGGAGCGCACGAGGGCCCCCCGCUCCUCGCAAACGGAGGGUCCGCGAGGUCGCCAAAACGAGACGGGGAACGGGCGGAAACGGGAAGCGCGGUCGCAGAAUGUGUGCUGUCAUGUUUCGGGUGGUUUGUUUUUGUUUUUAAAAGGUCAAAGGUCAAGUCUGGUGCGUUUGGGGGAAUAAAGAGCAGGGACUGCUUCACUUUGCCCCGACUAAGGGAGGGCGCUUUGCUUUAAAAUAAGGUCGUGCAAUGAGGGGGAGGGAUAUGGCUUUUCUUGCAAUCUGAACCAAUUCCUCUUGCCCCUGAAAUUACAGAAAGUUGUGAAAUAUUAAUUCUUCCCUUAUGGAAAUGGCAUAUAUUUGAAAAUAUUAUCGAUCUAUUACAGCACUUAACGAUACAUUGCUGCCUAUACAAAAUAAUUUAAACUUUAAGGUAUUGUCAUAUAUACAGCCGUAAAAUACAGUAUCGUGUUUUCCAUUGUUUAACAGUGUAAUAUCACAGUGUAACGUGUUUCCAUAAGGAUUGUGAGGCAGCUCCAAAUGCCACUCUACCCCUCUCUUUAGACUGCCUCAUUGGAAGGGCCCUGUGCUCCUAUAGGUACCACAUGGAGGUUGGGGUGAGGUGGUGGUUUUGCAGAGUGAGUUUUACCCUCCAAAAGAGGAAGGGGGGGAAAAAAAAGUUUCUUCAAAGUGGGCUGUGUCGUUUGCUAGAAAUCUUUCCCAUGGAAAAGAUUUCCAUAAUAAAGCCUGGUUGCACGCUAUACAUGCAGAAACGGUAUAGAGAUUUUGUGUGUGUGUGUGUGUAUAUCAUACAUGCAUAAAUAUAUACACUCACACAUUUAUGAAACGACAUUAUGCAAUUGUAUUUUAUUCAAAGUCUUAAGCCAGCAGCGCCCCAAUGUAACAUACUGUACCCUGCGAGAUUGUGCUUUGUUUACCUCUCUGUAUCCACACACGCCCACAGUAACGAGUGCUGACACCUGAAAUGGUGAAAUAACAAAUACUUGUCAUCUAUGCAUCCUCAAACUACCAUGAACUGGUCACCACUGAUGCUCACCAGCUGUGUUGCAAUGCUAAUCGAAUGCUUGUACAGAAACCGUUGGGUGAGAAAUUUCCGGCAGGCUACUGCCCCCUUCUGGUGUAAUAUAUAUUUGCAGUUGAUAGUGGUUAGAUCUUGUGAUAAUGUCGCUGUCGGUGUCCUUCCUUUCCCAAGCUUUUAUUGCCGAAUAUUUUUACAUAAUGUAAGAACAAACGUGUAAUUCAAAGAGAAUAAAGAAUUUGCACCGAA